UUUAUCUUUAUUCUUGUCACGUGGCCUAAAUUCGCGGGAAAAGCUGUCUUUGUCGAAAACAACAUGGAUGUUACCGAACAAGUUGGGAGAACUAAUCAGUUAAAAGACCAGAUCGGCGAAAGAUGCCAGAAGUUAUUUCAAGACUUUUUAGAAGAGUUCAGUGUUGAUGGGGAGCAGAAGUAUCUUGGCGAGGUCCAGGAGCUCAUUCGUCCUGAGCGCAACACUUUGACCGUCGGCUACGACGAUGUGGAGAAGUACAACCAGCAACUGGCCACCACCAUCCUGGAGGAGUAUUAUAGGGUGUAUCCAUUCUUGUGCCGAGCAGUGCGUAACUAUGCCAAAGACUGGGGCCAGAUUCCACCCAAUAAAGAGUUCUAUGUCAGCUUUACUGAUGUGCCCUCACGAUUAAAAGUUCGUGAGUUGACAACAUCCAAGAUGGGCACAUUAUUGCGGAUCACUGGGCAGGUGGUGAGGACACACCCUGUCCAUCCAGAGCUGGUCUGCGGCACCUUCAUGUGCCUCGAGUGCAGGACCAUCAUCAAAGAUGUGGAGCAGCAGUUCAAAUACACACAGCCUAGCAUUUGUCGCAAUCCAGUCUGCAAUAAUCGGUCGAAGUUUAUGUUGGAUGUGAACAAGUCCCGGUUCGUGGACUUCCAGAAAGUACGCAUUCAGGAGACCCAGGCUGAACUGCCCAGGGGAAGCAUCCCCCGCAGUGUUGAGGUGAUCCUGCGUGCGGAGGCUGUAGAGAUGGCCCAGGCCGGCGACAAAUGUGACUUCACUGGCACCCUCAUUGUGGUCCCUGAUGUCAGCUCACUGUCCAUACCAGGAGCCAGAGCUGAGACUGGAGCCAAGGUGUCUGGUAACCAAGGAUACGAGAACGAGGGAGUGCGGGGGCUGAAGGCUCUGGGAGUGCGUGACCUCAACUACCGCAUGGCUUACCUGGCCUGUACAGUGACCUCUACAAAUGCACGGUUUGGAGGUAGCUCUCUAAAGGAGGAGGAGAUGACAGCCGAGAACGUGAAGAAGCAGAUGACAGACGAGGAGUGGCAGAAAGUCUAUGACAUGUCCCGCGACAAAAACCUCUACCAGAACCUCUGCUCCAGUCUUUUCCCAACUAUUCAUGGCAAUGAAGAGAUCAAGCGUGGCAUCUUGCUGAUGCUGUUUGGGGGUGUGCCCAAGCAGACCACAGAGCUGACCAAGCUGCGAGGGGACAUCAACAUCUGCAUAGUGGGGGACCCAAGCACAGCCAAGAGUCAGUUCCUGAAGCAAGUCGAGGAGUUCAGUCCACGUGCAGUCUACACUAGCGGCAAGGCCAGCACAGCCGCAGGUCUGACUGCUGCCGUUGUGAAGGAUGAGGAGUCCCAUGAGUUUGUGAUCGAGGCUGGCGCCCUCAUGCUGGCUGACAAUGGCGUCUGCUGCAUUGAUGAGUUUGACAAGAUGGACCCCAAGGACCAGGUGGCUAUCCAUGAGGCCAUGGAACAACAGACCAUCUCCAUCACCAAGGCUGGGGUCAGGGCCACCUUGAAUGCGAGAACCUCGAUCCUAGCUGCAGCCAACCCAAUAGGAGGUCGCUAUGACCGCUCUAAGUCACUGAAACAGAACAUCACACUCACUGCCCCCAUCAUGUCCAGAUUUGACCUGUUCUUCAUCCUAGUGGACGAGUGCAAUGAGGUGACUGACUAUGCUAUUGCGCGCCGUAUUGUGGACCUGCAUAGCCGCAAUGAGGAGUCCGUGGACCGGAUCUACAGCGUGGAGGACAUCUCCAGAUACCUCAUGUUUGCAAGGCAAUUCAAGCCCAAGAUCAGUGUGGAGAGCCAGGAGUACAUGAUUGAGGAGUACAAGAGACUGCGGCAGCGUGACGGCACAGGGGCAGCCAAGUCUGCAUGGAGGAUCACUGUGAGGCAGCUUGAGAGCAUGAUACGUCUCUCUGAGGGCAUGGCCAGAAUGCAUUGUCAGGAUGAGGUUCAGCCCAAGCAUGUAAAGGAGGCAUUCCGUCUGUUGAACAAGUCCAUCAUCCGCGUGGAGCAGCCCGACAUCCAUCUGGAGGAGGAGGGGGCGGAGCCUGAGACCGUCACCAUGGAGACUGAGGAGGCUGCUCCCCCACAAGAGACUCCCGAGGAGGCCCCUGUUGAUGCCACGGGGGCAGCAGGAAAGGGUCCCAAGAAGGCCCUGAAGCUCUCGUAUGACGAGUACAAGCAGAUGGCAAACCUCCUUGUGCUGUACAUGAGGAAGGCAGAGGAGGAACAGGAAGGUGAGGACAGCCCCGGCCUGAGGCGCAGUAACCUGAUCAGCUGGUACCUGGGCGAGAUGGAGAGUGAGAUAGAGUCAGAGGCAGAGCUCCUAGAGAAGAAAACUGUCAUUGAGAAAGUGCUCGAUAGACUUGUACAUCAUGACCACGUGUUGAUAGAGCUCGCCCAAACCGGUCUGAGUAGGAAGAACAAGCGUGAUGAGGACACUCUGGUACGAGAUGAUGACCCCUUCCUGGUCGUACACCCCAACUACGUGGUAGACUGAGGCAAGCAGCCAACAUGAAUGGGCCCACAUUAGCAGGACAUGUGGCGAGGCACAAGACUUCUGACUUUACAAAGGGGCACCCAAUUUUACAUUAAGAAGCAUGAAUCAAAUAAGGGGUGUUUAUUUCGUGAUUGUGUACAUACAUGUAUGUGAAUAGCUGGGUAUGGGACCAAAUUUAUUACUUUUUCAUUAUCUGUUUAGUUUGUAUCACCAUAGGUGUUCAAAAUUAACCAUAGGUGUUCAAAAUGUGUUUAAUUUGUUUGAGUCAAUUUAUUUAGGCAACAAUUGAUUGAAUUAAGGAUUGUACAGUAAUAUGUUAUUGGAAUCAUUUUCCUAUUUUGAUGUACACUAUCUGAUACCACUGAUUAAAAUAGUAAAGAA